CAGCACCAGAAAAGCAGAGCCAGCGGGCGCAGCUUGUUGCUGCUGCUGUCUUGCAAGUUGCAUGCUUGUCCACUGGCAGUGUUCUGCUUUGAACUUUUGAACUUUGACUUCGCGUUUCUGGUGGCUCGUCCGCCUGUUGUACUGCCCGUUUGCUGGUCUGAAUACCUUACCAUAAAGCUAAUCUGAACGGCAUUGAGGCGGGGGCUAGGAACGGGCUAGGAACGUGGAACAUUAGUCCAGCUUGUUUGAACAGCAAAAAACAUAUCAAGUACUUCCUCUUGUUCGCGCUGCUCUGAUGUACGCUAGGUUGUGUUUCACCAGCGAGCACGGAUUGACAAGUUCGAUGAGAAAGGGGACGAGGACUGCAAUGACUCACUGAUCGAUUGCAAUCUGGUAGGAAGUGGUACUUGUCUUGGAGCAGUAGCAUGGUCCUGUUUGGCCAGUCAUGAGCAAUUGCUGGUGCAAAUGCGAGGCGGGUGUGGGCCAGUGUGGGCCCAAGGUGCCAAAGCUGAAGGCGCUCUUCCGAUCCUACAAAGAUGGUGAUGACGGCCCCAUAAGGCGCAACGACAGGCAGGCUGAGCUGGAGUCCCUAUGGCAGGAGUGCGGGGAAGACAAGCUGAUGCGGCAGGAGGAUUUGAAGGUCGCUCUCGCAGAUGCAGUGGACCGGGUCUAUGACAAGUGUCAGGAGGACGCCAUGCGCCGGCGCGCCGCGCUCAUGGCAAACGUGCUGGCGAGCGAGGAGCGGAUCCGCGACAUCCUGGGGAUCGAAGCGGAGAUCGCGCCCAAGGAGCUGCCACUGCAGACGCGGCUCGACGCGAACCUGAGCCGUUUGCACGAGCUCGAGAAUCUGCGGGGCGACGGCUUUGGCUGGAUGGGCGGGCUCGUCAUUCUGAUGGAGCUGCGGCGGCGCAUGUCCGCACUGCGAACCACGAUCCGAGUGCCGGACGGGCCGGAGGGCUCCAAGCUGGAAGAGAUGCUGCACUCGACUAUGGACGCUUUGGAGCAUCCGGACAAGGACAGCAGCGAGAGGGGGUCGUCCAAAGCUGCGCCACGGACCUUGAAGAAACCCAUGUUCCAGCGCCUAGAGAGUUUCUACAAGAACCUCUGCGGCCUCGACGGCGCCCCCGAGCCCCUGCCCCCUGCCAACCCCUCUGUUGAGAAACCGGUCUCCCCCGGACGCCCACCUAAGGUACCGAAGCGGGACGGAGAGCCCGUUUCUCCACCCGGUUCCGCUUUGAAAAUGGAUUACCCACAAAUCCGGGUUUCGGCCGCAGCCAGCCCCGAUACCGGUCGCGCUCCGAAGGAGAGCUACCCGCUGAUCAUUGCCGCGCCGACGGACAUUCAAGAAGAGCUGACUCUUGAAUCUCUGGGUGCCAAGAUCAUCAAGAAGAUUGAUGAGAUCAACGCCAAGCACGCUCCCCCACCCUCGACAGCUCCCGCCCCUCCACCCCCCCCAGGCGACAACAAACGGCCGUUGCCGCCGUCUCCCCUGAUCCUGCCUCAGCCGAAAAUUCCACGCUGCAUAUCCAUAAGCGCCCCGCCCUUCUUAUGGCCCACCGACCUGACAGCAUUGGCAGAAACGCAGAGAGCGCUCGAAGGGAGUUCUUCGGAAGAAGAGCCAGGUGUUUCGGGGGGCGGAUCGUUUUUCUCGUCGUUCUUCCCCGUCGGGGGGCGGUCAGCGCAGCAGACUGGGGUGCAAUUCGUGAACGGCGUCAGCGGUUCCGGUUCUGCUGGGGACCGAAAGGAAGAGGGCCGGCCGGAAGGGACUGGCGCCCGCCGUCUGAAUCUUUUCGGGGGGUUCUUUGCCAGCGGGAAGUCCCCCCGGGAAGGAGAUGCGGGCGCUGUCUCCCCUGCCGAGCCGGCAUUGGAAAGCAGCCGAAGUAUGGAGGCCCGCAGGGCGGAUUCCGCCGGAGCUCCGGCGGAACAGCCUCCGGUUCCUCCGCCCAGAACGCCUCUUCACCAGUCGGCUUCCGAGGGGGCUCUGAACACCCCCACCGCUGCCCCGCCACCGCCCCCUCCAAGAAGAGUAGCUUCGUCAGGGGGGCCUGCACCCCCACCUCCACCGCCCCCCCCUGCCAGGAAGGAGGGGGGGGGCGAGGAUGGAAAGGGGCGAAAGGGCGCUGCGGGGGCGACUGCGGCGGGGAUGGCAGAGAUGCUAGGCGAGAUUACGAAACGAUCCGCCUACUUCCAGCAGAUUGCCGCCGACGUGAAGCAGCACGCGGCUGCGAUCGAGCAGGCGAAAGCCGCCAUCGAAACCUUCCAGACUGCGGACAUGGACGCCCUUCUCGCCUUCCGGACGUCCGUCGAAAACGCGCUCGAAAGUCUGACGGACGAAAGCCAGGUUCUGGCGCGGUUUGAGGGGUUCCCGAGCCGCAAACUCGAGACGAUCCGAAUGGCGGCCUCGCUGCACUCGCGGCUGGCGGGAACGGCGAAAGACCUGGAGCAGUGGAAGGUCGCGGGGGGAGCGUAUGAAGAGCUGGAGCGGGCGAUCAAGUACUUUGACAAGAUGAAGAAAGAGGUGGAGGCCUGCGAACGGACCCAGGACGAGGACGGCCGCCGAUUUGCCGCGAGCAAAAUCUCGUUUGACUGGACGACCAUAACCAGGGUGAAGGAAGCGGCUGUGGGCUUGUCGGGGCGCCUCCUUGAGAUCACGCUCCAGGAAAGCCGAAGACUUCGACAGACUGUUGACUUCGAAAGCGAGCCCUCUCCUGCCGACGUCAGCAAAGUUCGCCAACAGGUGCACACUAUUUGGGCUGCUUUCCAGUUCGCCUUUCGCGUCUACAACUUUGCGGGCGGCCAAGACGAGAAAGGCGAGCAGUUGGCGGAGGCAAUGGCUGAGGAGAUUGAAGCGUACCCGGCGGGUGCUUGGAGCUAGUGCAAAUUUGCAAUGAAUCCGAAGUUGUGGCGUUGCAAAACGAUUGCUCACAUGCUAGGAAGCUGGUAACAGGUAAGAUAUGAUUUUAGACAAAUCAUCUGGCAAUUGUGAAGCCCCCUCCAUUCAUGUGACUCCAGACCCCGGCCUAAAGCCGACGGCGAGUGCAUGCUAAUUGAUCUUCUCACCGAGACUCAAGCAAACGUUGCUCGAUACAUUCUCGAUACAUAUGCUUUCUCAC